AUGUUCUUCCUAUGGUCGUUCGUUUUACCUACCCUCAUUCACGCAGCCACAGUCACAUUUCCUCCUACGGUCGGUGUAGGCGCCAGUGACGUUCUGUACACUUCUUCUGCUUCAUCUUUCGAUUCACUCAAAAUCUCUAACGUGAAUUCGACCACGUAUGAAUGGUAUUACUUUGACGCCAUCUCGGAUGACGGUUCUUAUUCUGUCGUUGCUACCUUCUUUGUCGCGCCCGAUACCGCAUUCCCGUUCACGGGCAGUCCGACUAUGACUUUGGAGGUGCUGCUCAGCAUCCAGACUCCGGAUUCGGACGUGUUUUACUUGAAUGGUGCUUUUGCCACCGAUGCCCAAGUUACAACUGAUGGUGACGGGGCUUCUGGCGUUUGGGAGGGCACUGGACUUAGCUUCAACGGAAGCUCGGAUAUGUCUUCUUAUGAAGUCGUCAUCGACUCAGCUGAUGUUAUGGGGGUUACAGGCACGAUUUCUAUGCAAUCUAUUGCUCCUGCGCACUACCCUUGUUCCGCCGCUCAAGCUGGCGAAACUAUGCAGCUUAUGCCCAAUAUCGGCUGGGCUAAUGCUAUCCCUGACUCUCAGGCCACCAUUCAACUCGAGAUUAAUGGUCAGAAUGUAUCGUUCACUGGAUCUGGGUAUCAUGAUAUGAAUUGGGGAGACAUACCCUUCACUGAUGCAGUAGGAACCUGGCACUGGGGCCACGGGCGACUCGGCCCCUACUCCCUCGUCUGGUUCGACGGUACUUCACAAGACGGGACACCGUAUGCUAGCGGUUACGUCUCUAUGAACGGGGCCAUUAUUGGUACUCAAUGCUCCGGUGUCAAUGUUACUGCAUCAACAUCUGGAUUUGACAUCGGGAUCGACCUCGGAGACGAGGGCGUUCUCCAAGCUCAGUUCUCCACUGAUCAUACUUUGCUCAGUUUCGACGGGGUUUACUACCGUUGGUCUGGAAGUCUAGUCGGAGGGAUCAGCGGUGGAGAACAGUACACUGGCUCUGCGAUGUUUGAUGAAUUUGAUUUCACCAGUAGCUAG